AUGGAUGAGGCUGAGGAUAGUAGCAGCGCAGACACCCGUCAAUGCAGAAUCUGCUGGGGCGAAGAAGGUGACCCUGCCCUGGGUCUCGCCCUAGUGUCACCAUGCAAGUGCGCCGGGAGUCUGAAUUACAUGCAUGUUAAGUGCCUUGAGGACUGGCAGCAGGUUCUCCGCUCACAAGGCCAGUUUCGAAAGGCGCGGCAUUGCGAAAUUUGCAAGCAGCCAUACAAGCUGAACGCAACGCCCAGUUGCAGCAGAAGUCGCGGCAACAAUGGAUGGUGGACUUACGUGUCGCGAUUGCUUUCCCGAGCAAGCCAGCAAGUGCUGGAUCUGCUUAACUGUAGGUCGUACACGGAUUUGCUGUACCGUUGCUGGAAAUUGUACGUCGUUGGGAGCAGCGUGAUGGGCGCAGCUCGCGCGGGCGCGGCAGGGCUGCGAGCCGGCUUCGGCAUGGGCAAAACGCUGGUGGAGGAGCAGACCAGCAUCCUUCUGAACUUGCUGUCGGCGCUGGGCGAUCUCUUGGGAACCCCUUACGCGGAGCUGCUCUGGUGCCAGGCACCACGGAGCUGCAUGCAGAUGCUCCUGGCGGUGGCCUGUGUCGCGUUCGCUCUGGUUUCGGAGCUGGUCUACACAUCCGUUCUUGGGUUGGUGGCGGGCAGCGUCGUCGGCUUCUUCCGCGGGUACCUUUCUGCCGUACACACGAGUGUCAAUGUGGUGCUGGCGGGCAUGAGCCGCGGCUGGAGGGUGGGUCGCGGACUGGCCAAGGCGGCGAGUGCGGCGCUGCGAGUGCCCCGGGGGGCCCUCAGAGCGGUCAGCGCGCUGGCCGCCAAGAAGCUUCCUGUACGGCUGCUGUGAAGCCAAGGCGAAGAAGAAAAGGACAGGCUGCUGUUAAGGCAGCCUGUACGACGGCCGUGCCGGGAACGAAAAGCUGCUGUUGUUUGUAAAAUUGCCACAAUAAGCUGAUAGUACGACGGCAGGGGGUGUACUUGGAUAUGAGGGGGAAGGGGGGAGAGAGGGAUCUGUGGGUUUCUGUCCUGCCAUUGACGCCGUGGUUGGCACGCGUGUGUUUUUCCCCUUUCCGGAUCCACGACGUGGCUCGUCUCCCCCCCCCCCACACACACACUUCCUCGAUAUGUAUGUCUGUACUUUUGACUAUGGGUAUAUGUGAUGUCUGCUGGCGUUUUAGGAGAGCAGCAGCAUCUGUCUUGCGUCGCCGCAUGCAUACAUGCAUCCAUCAAAGACACAUACGUACGUACAUACGCACAAAUGUACGGUUAUGUGUUUCAUGUAUGCAUGUCGCCCCUCAUUGCAACGUACAUCGAAACGCAACGUUAGAUUAUGAACGUGUCGUGGGUGGGUGUAUACGUGUAUGUAUGUUGGAGUGUAGUGUGUCGUACGGGAGGGGGGGCCCAUAAGGACGGAAAAACGGGGGGCGCUGUAAGGACGGAAAAACGUAACGUACUUGCUGGACCACGUGUAUGACUACUGUGUAUUAGAACAGAGGGGCAGUCUUUUUUGGGAGUGCAAAUGAAGAAAGGCGACGGAAGAGUGGAGGGGGAAGGGGGGGAAAGGAAACCCGGGGGGGGGGCCAAUGAGUGCUCUCGGGCGUUUUCCACCUUGGGGCUCAGGUGGGGUGGAGUAUAUACUGGUAAUUCCUCUGUGUGUGUAUGUAUGUAUGUGUGUGUGCGGUAUGUAUGUAUGUAAUGUAUGUAUGUAUGUGUGUAUACUGUACGGAAGGAAAAGACAUAUCGCGGCUUCCCAAGCUUGUUGCUGUUACGCUGUAUUUUGAAAAUGUAUUGAAAUGUGGAUUAGAAGUGUGUGUGUGUGUAUGUAUGUGUGUGUUUUGGAAAAGUUGAAUAGGAAGCCCGUUUCCCGGAGGGGUUGGUGGGGUGACAGUACUUCAGUUCAGUGUAACUGCGUAUAGUGCAGAGUGUAGAAG